AUGCAGGGGCUCAUGAACGGCGCAGACUGCAGCGCGGGGGCCAACCCCCUCAACCAGGUUCUCAAGCGCGAGGGUGUCGACAACUCGCUUUUCCGCGAUCGCAUGGGCACGCCCGGUGCGGGCUCGUCGGCACAGGCAGCCUUCCGUCCGCUGCAAGGCUCGUCGCAGGCCGGUCCCGCGCAGGCAGCACAGGUUCCGCACCCAUUCAAUCUCUCGCACUUGUCGCAGGCGCUCAGCCAGCCAGGCCCAGUGCCCCUGCCAGUGCAGCAGGGCCCCGUGCACCGCGCAACUCCCGACUUGUCAGCUGAGUGGGAGCGAUUCCAGUCCCGUCCCGCACAGGGGCAGUGGCACCAGCCUGCGGCCGCGAACAACGCGUGGGCCGAGUCCUUUCACCAAGGCAAGGGUAAAGGACGCGCCGCACCUCCGCCUGCACAGGAGUACCAGCACCAGCAGCACACGCCAAUGAUGGGUAUGGGCGGUAUGGGCAUGAUGAUGCCGGGUAAUCCAUUCGGCGGAGGCCUCCAGACAUACCAGCCUCAGUUGCAGCCAAUGUACUCGCAGCCUCAGCAGAUGGCGCCCGACCAUGCCAAGAUGGAGGCGGCAUUCGAGCAGGCGCUUGCAGACGCGCGCGCACAGAGUGCGCCUGCCCAGGAGAAGGAGGAGGUGAAGGAAGAGGAGAAGGUCGAGGAGCCGAAGGAGGCUCCGCCCGCCGAGGAGCAGACCGACUUCAAGGGCGACCUCGAGGCUGUGUGGGAGAGCCUCAAGCCUGAGGCUGAGCGCUUGAACCAGCUCGCCGAGUGGGAGAAGGAGUUUUCGCAGUUUGUCGACGGCGAGGACGACACGUUCGAUAUUCUCGAGCGCGACCUGAACCGCUCGGACAUUGGGCAGACGCCUCUCGACGAGCAGAUGGAGUUUGGCACGGGCUCGGGCCUCGAAGGCGACUUCACGGCGGAGAACGGUCUUCCCCCGCAAGUCCAGUACCACUUUGCGAACCCGAACAAGUUCGACGUCAUGUCGCCAGUGCAGGCAUGGAACGAGGCCAACCGUCUGCUUUCAGCUGGCGGCUCGCUGUCGGACUCGGCACUCAUGAUCGAGACGUUCCUGCGCCGCGCAACGGACGUUGAGUUCGAGCAGACGGGCGUGACUCGCGCCGCGGCGUGGGCGGUGCUGGGCCGCACGCAGGCUGAGAACGAGAUGGAGGACAAGGCGCUCGCUGCCUUCGAGGAGGGGCGCAAGACGAUAGCGGACAACCCAGCGGCACGGCAGGUCGCCGGCGAGUUGCUGACCAACCUCGCCAUUUCGUACGUCAACGAGAGUCUGGAUCUCGCCGCCCUCACCACCCUCCACCAGCUCCUGGAGACGCUGCACCCGACGCACGCGGGACAGGCACCGAGCCGGUCCGAGUUCAUCGCUUCGGACAACCCGUGGGCGCUGCACCAGCGCAUGACGAACCAGUACCUCGCGCUCGCGCGUGAGCAGUACGCGAGCGCGGGGAAUGUCGACCCCGACGUCCAGGUCGGCCUCGGUACCUUGUACUACAUGCAGGGCGAGUUCGGGGAGGCGCGCUCGUGCUGGGUCGCGGCGCUCGGCGAGCGCCCCGACGACUACCUUCUCUGGAACCGCCUUGGCGCGACGCUCGCCAACGGCGGCGACCCUGAGGAGGCGGUCGACGCAUACCGCCGCGCGCUCGAGAUCAAGCCGACGUUCACGCGUGCGAUCGCCAACCUCGGUGUCGCGUGCCUCAAUAUCGGCGUGCACCGCGAGGCGGCCGAGCACUUCCUCGCCGCGCUCGCGCUUCAGCCCAACGAUGGCGGCGGCGGCACCGCCCCCGAGGCCUACUCGCUGUGGGCGACGCUGCGCAGAGCCCUUAUCGCGCUCGACCAGCCCCAGCUCGCGGAGCAGGCGCGCCCCGGCACCGACCUCAGCAUCUUCCGCAACGCCGGGUUCGACUUUUGA